AGAGAACAGACGAACAUGCUCGAACAAAAUUGCUCGAAAAUCUUGUGUAAAGAUAAAAACAAGCUCAGUAGCGACAUCGACGGUGACUUUCCCACUCUAAAACAUGUUUCGACAUCAUGAUGGCGCUUUCUGAAGAAAUAUUUCACUAACGCACCUUGAAAUUUUCCUACUCAGAUUCUGAGCUGUAUUUGCUUACAUAACAAGAUGUUUAUGACCAUUUCACUAAUCCAGCAACCAAAUUUGAGCUACCCAUUGAUAAUAAGUUUCAUUAUUUUCAAUAAGAAACAAGUUGAUCAAGAAUUCAAUUAUUGUUUUCCAAGUAAAACCAACACAUUCUCUUGGUGGAACUAUACUAGGGCGCACACUUGGCGACACUAGCGCCAAAAGGUAAAACAACGGCAAAUUUGUACCCCGAUUCAAAAUUUGACAGCGCCACGUGAUGGCCACAUUCCCAGUUGUUUCAAAACAACCGUUGCAAUGCUUUACACAACAGCACUACAUGAGCUUGGACGUCUGUUCUCUGUGAUCGUACUUUCUUUCUAUUUCAACUAGUUUUUAGAUGGCUUUUUAUAAGUGUAAGUGAAUGGAGGGUUGUUCCUUGUCUGUGUGACACAUUGUAUCGAAACGAAUUAUGCAUACAGUGAUAGACAUUCGUUUAGCCGAGACCAAAAAAUUUCAAAAAAGUGUCAGGAAACUCAUACAAAAGAUUUUAUGAUAAAACUUUUUUAUCGUAGUGAUUGCAUAUCUAGGACUGUUUUAUAAAAAUGGGAUACAUCACACUUACAUCACAGAGAACAGACGUCUAUCUUCGCUUUCUGCCUUGUGUAAAACUUUGUAACGGUCAUUUCAGAGUAUGUGGUUAUGCUCCCGUUGCGCGGCGCUAGCGUCCCAUCACUUAUAUUGUUGUGUUGUCAAAUUUGUUUCCAGUGCUCGCCGUUUUUGGCCGUUUGGCGCUCGUGUCGCUUUGUGGGCUAGUAUAUUUUAACUAUGAACACUGCCAUCGUGGGGUCAAAUCGACUUUAUAUGUGGGGCAGUCUCCGUUGGUGGCGUUGAGGUACACUUAAAUCCUUUACACACGAUUUCGACGUAUUUUUGUUCGAGCUUAAAUGUCUGUUCUCUGUGCUUACAUAUACACUGAAACAAAAACGAGGGUAAAAAUCCUUCAAAUGUCAUUUUUUGCCGAGACAUUCGUUUAGCCGAAUUGUACAUUUUUUGGAAUUUCAUAAUAAAAAACUAACAAAUUUCGAAAAAUAUCCAACAAAAUCAUUUUGUAUGGUGACCUACAUUAUAGAUCGACUUGUAAAUCAUGAAUUACUUCGUUUUUGGAAGUGUUGCCAUAUUAAUUUUACAUGCAUCUUAUAUAAAUAUGCCAUAAUAUUGUAAAUGUUUCGAAAUUGAGAUUUGAUGUAGUUAUUUUUAUCGGAAGUGUUUCAAAAGAAUCUAAUGAAAGUUUCAUGGCGAGUGUAGGUUGAAAAUUUACGAAAAACAAUGUUUAUAACAGAAAAAAAUAACACAAACCAUAAAAAAGUGACGUAUAUAAGUAUUGUUUUGAUGAAAUAUAAUAGUUUCACUUGCAUAAAUCACAGCGUUUACUACUAUUACGUCUUCUUAUAGUUCCCAAUAUCUUCUAGACUGUUUUCUGGCUGAAAUAACAUACAUUGGACGGCUCACAUUUCGAGAAAUGGCACCGAAAGUAUUCAAAUUCCUAGCAUGAACUACUUGUUUCAUAAUUAAGACGUUCUUUUCAAAUAAAUUAUGUUAAAAAUGAAUGUGAUUCAAUACUUAGACUCAUUUAUAAUAUAUUUAUUCGGAUUGAAUGAAAUAAUCCAAUAGUUUGACCAUAUCUUGAAUUUUUGUAUGAAUAUCUGCUUUUAAAUAAAAAGGGGACAGACAUCCAGGCUAGAACAAAUUUCAUUCAGAAAGUUGUGUAAGUUCGAAUCUUUACUUGAGUGAGGUUGCAAACCAAUACACGAUGAAAACCCUAACGCCACCAAACACCAUAUUGCCACAGUCAGUGGUGAAUUGAAACAUUUCAAGUGGUGAAUUAAAUUAGUAUGGGAAAUUAACCGAUUGCAGCGCCACGAUGUUGCCACUUGUGUUGCCGAUUUCAAAUGGCCGUUAAAUUCCUUACACAGUUUCGGAACUGGACUUGGAUGUCUGUUCUCUAUGAAUUAGAGUGGGCUUAAGGACAGACUUGUUGGAAUCGCAAAAUGGCCGACUUUGGCACCUACUCACGAUUAUGAGCGCACAAAUCUCUUCGUAAACAAAACCAGCGUACCUGAUUUUCUUAUUUUAGGCUUAUUGCAAGUGAGUAAAAACAAAAAAAAAAAUGCACUGGUGUUUGAAGCUGGCUGCUUGAGAUUUGUUCGCUUGUUCAAGUGGGAUUUCAAGACGUUUGUCCUUAAAAUAAAAUUCAAUGGAAAUUUAGAAUUUUUGGGCGAUUUCGGAUGUGUUUCGUGUUAGUUCAAAUAAGAUAGAAAUUUUUAUAAAGGUACUUUAUUUCAAGUUUUAUAUAACGUUCGACGGCUGUAUUUGCUACUUACAUGAAUGCAAUCUUACAAUUGUUUUGUAUUACAGAUUGAAAAUUGCCUAACGUCUACUUUAUCUACAGAAACAAUGACAGAUACUUUUGCGCUUUAUUAAUAGAUAUGGUUCGUGGUAUUUCGUGCUCAAUUUUGAUCGCUACUACUAGAGAGUCCUCGCAAAAAAGUAAGGAAAAUGCAUAUGGUUACUCAAAUUGAUGGACCCCCCGUUAGUUUUUUGCAGACCCUUCGAUUUUGGUCAAAUGGUGGCUCAUUUGAACCGUUAUAACUCGAAUGCUUCUCCAAAAAAACCCCUCAAAAUUAAUUGUUGUUGAAAAGAGGAAAGAUGUAUACAAUAAUAAAAAGUUGGGUCGGCCAUAUUGAUUUUGGCCACCAUCUUGAAUUUUUAUACCAAAAAAUUGUUGUCACCAUGAUGGCAACCACCGAUUUUCAUUUUUUUGCAUCAAUUGAAAGCUGAGACAUUUAUACAUAACAUAUCAAAAAAUUAAAGAUGUCUUUUUCUUCCUUCAAAAGUUAUCUGCCGUUUUGUAAAACUAUGAAAACAGUAAAGUUACUGUUUUUUUUGAGCUGGGAAGAAAUUGAACAUGAUCGAAAUAAACGAAUCUAGAGGGCGGUGCUAUAUAUAUAUAUAUAUAUUAUGAGGAAUUCGUCAGGGAUUGAUCUAGAAAGACUCCUUCAGAGAUGCUCAGAAUGUUGUCUUAAUGAACACCUGUGCUGUAAGUAAGUAUACCUCCAGGAAUGCUAUUUGAUUCAAAAGAAUUAUUUUCUGAUGCAACGCCAAGAAAUGUAUAUGAAGAUACCUUUAAUGGAUAUCCUCAUGAAAAGUAUUAGGGAUUCCUUUUUAAAAAGUCCAACAGAUCUCGCAUUAAUACCCCCCAAAGGGUGCCUUUAGAAAUACAAUCUAAAAAUACUUCAUCCAUAUUUUCAAGUGUUUCUGAUAGUCAUGGAUAAAUUUCUGUAGAAUUGUGUCCCACUAACAUUUUUGCUGUAUAAGUGUUUAACACUUAUGUGGCCGGCAGGGUACCCGGGUACCUUUUUCAAUUUCAAAUCUCGAUAUUUUAAUGGUUAUUGAGACUAGGAUGUUGGAACUCUGUUAGAUCUUAGAACUCGUGAAUAUACAUCUAUUAAUAGGGUUGACCGAAUUUUAAAGUGAGGAGGGGCAGGGGGAGGGGCUCCUGCAUUUUUUUAUUACGUGGAAGGCCGGCAGGGUACCCGGGUACCCACGAAAUUGAAAUGAUCAUAUCUCCGUCAAUUUUUCAUCGAUUUUGGAAAUUUUUAGCUCAUUCAACUCGGAAACUCAUCAUCUAUCGGGAAAAUAUUUGGUUAGACCGAUCUAAUCACCGUGGUUUUCGGAAAAUUCAUAUUUUUGGGAGUAUGUCCUCAUACCAUAUUGAAACCCACAUUGUUAAGGCUAGGAUACCUUAAAGUGUUUAUGGUCAACCAUGGCCCCAUGGGAAGCGUGUUCCGAAAUCACAGUUUCAAAGUCAACACGUUUUAUGAUUCCAGGCUGGUCACAUACAAUAUGCCAAAGCAAUUUUACGAUGCUUGGUACCGAAAUUGCUACUAACCUACCGAAAAGCCCGUAUAUUGUAUUGCAUAAAAACAUGGAUCCGGAAAUCCAGAUUUUCCGGUACCUAUGGUGAUCGGACCGGUCCAACCAAAUACGAUCUCGAUAGAUAAUGAGUUUCUGAGUUGAAUGAGGCAAAAACUUUUAAAAUCGGUGGGAAAAUCGCUGAGAUAUGAUCAUUUCCAUUUCGUGGGUACCCGGGUACCCUGCCGGCCUUUUACGGGUGUUUUUUUUGAUGGCCACACUACGGUUAAGAGAGUCAGCUCCAUAAGCUGUUUUGCAUCUGCUUUUGUUAGUAGUGUGUGGCAGUAAGACCACUGGGUGUUAUGUGUGUUGUCCGUUGCCUACUGUUUGUUGGUAAUGUUCUGUCUGUGCAGCCGGCAUGAUUGUCUCUAUAAUGCGCAUUUCACCGUAGAUUGUACAAAAUCGCUCAUAGAUGAUCGCCAGUACAUAUGCCAGUGAAUAUACCGAAACGAUUAAAUCACAGACAAACAGGCAUCGUACAUAGAACGAUUUUCGUGAAAAUUCAUCACCUAGUUCACACUACCAUCAUUGGAGGAAAUGUUUCACGAAUCACUGCGUUGUGCAAUAUCGUCAACAGGAGGCGCCAGUGUAAAACGUCAAACGCAAAGAAAAACUAUGCGCGCCUCUAGUUGUAAAAGCUACAAUUAUGAAAAUUCAAAAUAAUCGUUAGAAGCGUGGUCGAUGGAAAUUCCGACAGUGUUACGUCUGUUUGUCUCUGAUUAAACGCAUCCGCACAUAUCUAUAAGCGUUUUCGCACAACUUUGCGUGCUAUUUUUUUCUUGCAAUUCAUAACAACUUUUAGCUACUUUUAUUUAUCGGCGCUGCAGUCUUGUAUACCUGCUUUUUAGUAAUAUUAGAAAUUUCAGAACAUAUGUCAGAAAAGCAACCAAAUUCAUUUUUAACGACACACACACAGCAAUAAUCAAUGAAUUUCUUAAAGAGAUUUAACCAAAGUUGGCUACGAAAUUUUCCCAAAUAUUACUCCAAAAUUUCCAGUAGACAUUCUUUGCAAACAUUUCACAAAAACACCAUUGAGAACAACCAAGAAGCUCCCAUCAUCAUUUCAGAAAGUGUACCAUGAUUCAGUGAUCUGACUGCCAUAUUUCUCUGUAUACUUCUUUGAAAAUAAAAUUUAACCAAACAUGGCAGCCGAAAAUUGAUCUCGGGGUAAAGACAUAAAUAAAUCAUGUUUAAGCCAGUGCAUUGCAUUUGAAAAUCAUUUCCGCAAAAUCCGCAUCGAUGAUUAGUGGAAACGCGCCAGAUCCGCACGAAACGCAAAAACCGCGAAAAACGCAAAAUCCGCGCCAGUUGUAAUUAUCAGCCCUGUAUUCGAAAACAAAGGGAUUAGGGAACGUUCAAAAAUUACGUCCAACAUUUGGGGGAGGGGGGGGGGUCUAGAAAAGUGUGACAGUACUGUAGAAUAUAGAUCAUGAUUACUUCUCAGUGUAACUAAGUUGAGUCACAGGGUUUUAUGGAUAAUAAACAGUAACACAGAAUAUGAGUCACAGGGAUUAACUGUCAAUAAAGAUGAGUUCAGUUUGAGUCACACAUGAGAUAAGACGUGUUUGAUUUCUGGUGGUCCGGACACAACAACUGGCGUACGAGGUGGGAUUCCGCAUUGAGUUUCGGCUGCAUUCGGCGGAUUUGUACAGAGUAAUGGAGAUCAGUAGACCUGUUCGACCGUUCGACUUAAACGUCGAAGACAAUCGGCAAGCUACGGAAUGGGCGAAAUGGAAGAGGCAACUUGAAUGUUACUUCAAUGCCUGUAACGUUACAGAUCAAUCGGACAAACUGGCAAAAUUAUUAUUUCUUGGUGGCCCCGAUUUGCAGGAGCUAUUUGAUAACCUGCCCGAUGCUAAACGAGUACCUCUUGUGCUCAGUGACCCUCCUUAUUAUGAUGUUGCGAUCGCUGCUCUUGAUGCCCAUUUUGAGCCUAAGCGUAUGAUUGCGUAUGAGAGAUAUGUGUUUAGGCAGAUGUCACAAAAACCUUCUGAAAGACUGUCGGAUUUCGCACUGAGGCUAAGAGUACAAGCCAAAAGAUGUGGAUUUUUGCCAGAUGUCUUUGACGACAUGAUCAUAGAUCAGAUAACCGAAAAAGGGAAUUCAGAUGCGUUGCGGAUGGAGAUUUUGAAACGAGAUGUAAGAUCAUUGAACGAGAUUAUUGCGUUGGGUACCGCAAUCACAGAAUCGAAAGUGAGGUCGAUGCAGAUGACAAACAAAGGUCAAGAAGUUCGAGAAGAAGGCAUGGUACAACUAGUGAAACGUCAACGUCGUGGUCAGGUUGUUUAUCCACCGCGUACUCCGGCUAUGAAUCGCGGGGUAAUCAUGUCCUGUCACGCAUGUGGUCGACCAGGUCAUUUGCAGUCUAGUAGGUGGUGCCCGGCAAAAGGAGUGAAGUGCAACAAAUGCCAAGCCACUGGUCAUUACGCAAAGUGUUGCUUCAGGUACAGUCAACCUCAACGCCGAGACUCUCUGCCAAAUCGCAAACGGCCUUUCAACGAGAACGCUGAGAAGUUGGACUGGCACCAGCGUCCUGCAAAACGCAUCAGAGCUGUAUCUGAUGAAAUCGAGAAGAGCUCAGAUGAGGCGAACAUUUUCUUCGCAAUGGGUCGGAACGAGUUCCAUUUUCGCAUCGGAGGAGUCACGGUUCCAAUGACCAUAGAUUCUGGCGCAGACGCGAACAUCAUUCCCCUAUCCAUUUGGCAGCAGAUGAAAGAGGCCCAUGUUCGAGUGUAUGAUGUAUCCAAGGAACCAGAUCGCGUGCUCAGGGCAUAUGCAAGUAGUGAGCCUCUUAAAAUAAAAGGGAUGUUCUGUGCAGAAAUUACGGCCGGUUCUAAUGAAGGGUAAAUUCUACGUAGUAGAAGGAGGAAAGCAGUGUUUGCUCGGUGAGAAAACGGCACAUGAACUUAAAGUGCUGAAAAUCGGUUUCAACAUCGCCGCUGUCGAACAGCCUUUGAAGGAGUUUCCAAAAAUGAAGGGAAUCGUGUUGGAAAUCCCUAUUGAUCCAGCUGUACAGCCCGUGCAACAGCCGUAUCGGCGUGCUCCUAUUACUUUGGAAGGGUUGAUUGAGGAAAAGUUGAAUUAUCUACUCGAGCAAGGGAUCAUAGAACGCGUGACAGAACCGUCUGCGUGGGUAUCUCCCUUGGUGCCUGUCUUGAAAGAUACCGGUGAAGUUCGCCUCUGUGUCGACAUGCGUCGAGCGAACCGGGCUGUCCUAAGAGAGAAGCAUCCACUACCGGUCAUCGAGGAGCUGCUGGGUAGCAUUAAUGGUGCCGUCCGUUUUUCAAAGGUGGAUAUUAAGGACGCCUACCACCAAAUUGAGAUUUCCGAACGAUCACGCGAGAUAACAACCUUCAUUACGAAGGCCGGAUUGUUCAGGUAACUGAGUUUAUUGAUUGUUUUUUCUCUGAUGAAUUUUGAAUAAAUGAAAUAUUAACCUCUCUAAAUGUUGUACUAUUUUUCAAUAGAUAUAAAAGACUAAUGUUUGGCGUGUGUUCAGCUCCAGAACUUUUCCAAAAAGUGAUGGAAACAAUUGUAGCGGGAUUGGAAGGAGUUAUUGUGUAUCUUGACGAUCUCAUAGUAUUUGGGAGAUCAGAACCCGAACAUGCAAGGAGACUACGAGCCCUGCUGGACAGACUGGAAGAAUAUGGUAUCUUGCUAAACUCAACGAAAUGCAAAUUCAACGUUAGCAAGCUGGAUGUUCUAGGACACGAGUUAUCAGCAAACGGUAUCAGACCAACGGAGAGCAGGGUCAAGGCGAUCGAACAAUUUCGAGCACCUUCAAAUAUUGGGGAAUUACGAAGUUUCCUUGGGCUAGUCACGUAUGUAGGCCGUUUUAUCCCAAACCUAGCCAGCAAAACUGAUCCUCUGCGAGGUCUUCUUCGAGGGGGGACACCUUUUGUUUGGAAUAACGUCCAUCAGAUCGCUUUUGAAUCAAUAAAGACAGCGAUUGCGUCUGUAGGUUUUCUUGGGUUUUUUGAUCCAAGGGACACAAGCUUCCUCAUUGUGGACGCUAGCCCUACUGGACUUGGUGCAGUUUUGCUCCAAGAAAACGAUAGGGAAGGAAAACGGAUAAUUGCUUUUGCUAGCAAAGCAUUAACUGAUCUAGAGAGGAAAUACUUCCAGACCGAGAGAGAGGCCUUGGCCCUGGUGUGGGCCAUAGAGAAAUUUCGGUUGUAUUUGCUGGGAACAACGUUUAAGCUUAUCACCGAUUGCAAACCUCUAGAUUUCCUCUUUAGUCAACGAUCCAAGCCAUGCCCUAGAAUUGAAAGGUGGGUGUUGCGAGUCCAGUCGUACCGAUUUGAUGUCAUCUACGAACCAGGAGCUACAAACCUUGCGGAUGCGUUGUCACGGCUUGCUGUUUGUCGACCGGAACCUUUUGAUGAAGAGAAUGAAGCUUACAUUAAAACAGUGGUGUCGGCAACCAUACCGAAGGCGAUUACGGUUGAGGAAAUAGGAAUGCAUACCAAAAACGACACUGUGCUUCAGGAGCUGGUAGCGGUACUCGAAGGAGCCCAAUGGACGGAAGCAAUGAAAGUUUUCAAGCCAUUCGAAGCAGAGUUGUAUCGAUCGGGGAACUUGCUCAUGAGGGGUGAUCGUUUGAUUGUGCCAGAGGCUCUACGUUCCAGGGUUUUGGAAUUGACGCAUGAAUCACACCCUGGGAUCGUAUCAAUGAAAAGAAGAUUGCGUCAAAAAGUGUGGUGGCCUGGGGUCGACAAAGAAGUAGAGAAAUUGGUGAAAAGUUGUAAGGCUUGUACAAUUGUCGCUGCGCUCGAUCCCCCUGAGCCGCUUCAAUCGACAAGGAUGCCAGAGAGACCAUGGGUAGAUUUAGCUGCAGACUUCGUUGGUCCGUUGCCGUCCGGUGAGAAUCUGCUGGUCAUCGUUGAUUAUUUCACUCGGUUUAUAGAGGUAAUUGUCAUGAAACAAAUUACGGCGAGUUUGACAGUCAAAGCGUUUCACGAAACGUUUUGUCGAUUUGGUAUGCCUAAAACUCUGAGAACAGACAAUGGUCCUCAAUUUAAAAGUAACGAGUUCAAAACCUUCUGUGAACAAUUUGGUAUUGAAAUCCGGAAGACGACACCGUACUGGCCUCAAGCAAACGGAGAGGUGGAGAGGGUGAAUGGGAUGAUAAAAAGCAUCUAAAGAUAAGCCAGGUUGAAGAUACGGACUGGAAGUGGGAUCUUCGAAUGUGCGUACUAAUGUACAAUUCAACGCCCCACUCCACCACGGGGGUAGCUCCAUCCGUGCUGAUGUUUGGCCGGGUUAUGAAGGACAAAUUGCCGCAUGUUUCAAACGACUUCAACAAAACGUUGGAGGAAGUGAGAGAUAGAGAUAAGGUACAAAAGUACAAAAGUAUGGAAUAUACUAAUCUCCGACGUCAUGCAAGAACCAGCAACGUGCAAGUCGGGGAUACGGUAGUUGUGAAAAGACCUUUCAAAGAACAAAAACUUGCCUCGAACUUCAGCCCGGAAGAGUGGGAGAUUACGCAAAAGAAUGGUUCAGAUGUGACACUUCGGUCCAAGGAAUCGGACUGCGUCAUCCACAGAAAUGCGGCACACCUAAAACGGCUUACCCCAAAAGAUGAUAGCAACAACCAAACCAUUCCGGAAGACAAUGGAAAUGAAGGAGUCAAGGACCAUGAGCCUACCCGAAGUGACACCACCAGCGAGGAUUCAGCUGCUCAAUCCGGAGACGCAGCUCGUCCUUGUAGAUUGAAGAAACGGCCAGCGUAUUUGAGCGAUUUCAAGGUUAACAGUGUUGAUCUUAUUUGAGAAAGGGAGGGGUUGUAGAAUAUAGAUCAUGAUUACUUCUCAGUGUAACUAAGUUGAGUCACAGGGUUUUAUGGAUAAUAAACAGUAACACAGAAUAUGAGUCACAGGGAUUAACUGUCAAUAAAGAUGAGUUCAGUUUGAGUCACACAUGAGAUAAGACGUGUUUGAUUUCUGGUGGUCCGGACACAACAAGUACGUGUAUUGGGUAUAGGAAAAGUGCGUGACAGAGGGGGGAGGGGGGGGUCUAGAAAUCCCGAAAAACGAUGGACGUAAUAUUUGAAUCUUCCCUUACUACGGCACCGAUUGAUUCCCUUAUUUUUUGUUAAUGUUUGUUCGUACUCACUUCUUACUAAAGUACAGUAAUUAGAAACAAAACAUUCAGCGCUUUAUUCCUUUGUUUAUCCCAAAGGCUGUUCGGGCUCUAAAGAAGUUGAUCAUCAAUAUUAAUUUCUAUUCCCGAUCAGCCUAGAUAGCAGUGUAGUGGCGGUAGCAGUUCCCUCAACUGGCUAAGAAUAUCACUACGGAUUGCCUGAUCCGGUGGUAAAAGCACAGAGAACAGACGAACAUGCUCGAACAAAAUUGCUUUAAAAUCUUGUGUAAAGAAAAAACAAGCUCAGUAGCGACAUCGACGGUGACUUUCCCACUCAAAAACUUGUUUCGACACCAUGAUGCCGCUUUCUGAAGAAAUAUUUCACUAGCGCACCUUUAAAUUUUCCUACUCAGAUUCUGAGCUGCUUUUGCUUAAAUAACAAGAUGUUUAUGAAUAUUUCACUAAACCAGCAAAAAAAUUUGAGCAACCCAUUGAUAAUUAGUUUCAUUAUUUUCAAUAAGAAACAAGUUGAACAAGAAUUUAAUUUUUGUUUUCGAAGUAAAACCAACACAUUCUCUUGAUGGAACUAUACUAGGGUGCACACUUGAUGACACUAGCGCCAAAAGCUAAAACAACGGCAAAUUUGUACCCCGAUUCGAAAUGUGACAGCGCCGCGUAAUGGCCACAUUCCCAGUUAUUUCAAAACAACCGUUGCAAUGCUUUACACAACUGCACUACAUGAGCUUGGACGUCUGUUCUCUGUGGUAAAAGUCCACCAAACAAGCGACCCCUAGUUCAUGGUGUUAUGCGUACCGUGCCUAGGAAUGAAUGGUUAGGGGGGUCUUAUAAAAACUUAACCGUGAACGGAGCCUGUGGAGUACCAGGGCACCCUCCACAGUAUGUUGCCCUUACUGUGUUAAACGGAGCAAUGACGCAGUGGACCUUAUUUGUCUCCGGGAUAAUCGGCCACUUUUCUUACGUCUCAAUUCCGAGGCUUAAUAAAAGUGGGUAAAUGAUUUUUUUAUGACAGGAAUUAAGUUCGUACAGGUAAACCUUCAUCACGCAAAAGGUGCUUCUGCUGUGUUGA